AUGCCUCACUCAAACAGUCCCCCACCACCCACAGCUGGCACACCGAGUUGCCUCCCUACUCAUACCCCUGGGGAAUGUUUCUGGCAAAAAGGCGACGAGGAGCUGAGCAAGCACCGCUCAACAGAGCAACUUCCCGAGCACAGUGACAUAGUGAUCAUUGGCGCCGGAUUUGCAGGUGUCGGCACGGCCUACCAUCUCACCAAGGAUGUGGACGCGACCAACUCCAUCACAAUCUUAGAAGCGCGAGGUGCCUGCUCAGGGGCAACUGGUCGCAAUGGUGGUCACUGCAGACCUGACUUGUAUGGCCACAUUCCAACAUAUAUCGACCGCGCAGGCGACCGAGCUGGGGCCGAGAUCGCAGAAUUUGAAAUCGCAAACCUGCGCGCCCUGAAGAAGGUCAUCGAGCAAGAGAAGAUUGACUGUGAUUUUACUCUUGCGCGGUCCAUCGAUGUUUGGUGCAAUGAAGAGGCUGCCAAGAGCGCUAAAGCGGUAUAUGACCGAAUGGUUGCCGCAGGCUUUGAAUAUAUGGAUGAUGUUGUUUUUUAUACUGGCGAGCAAGUUGAAGGAAUCUGUGGAGUGAAGGGCGCGAAAGCAUGCGCAAGCUUCACCGCUGGCACAAUGUGGCCUUUCAAAUUUAUCAUGCACCUGAUCAAAAAGCUCCUCGCCGUUGGAGUAAAUCUGCAAACACAUACACCCGUCACAUCAAUAAAUCCCGAUCCACAAGGAGGAUAUAUCGUCGAAACUCCCCGAGGAAAAAUGCACGCAGGAAACGUCAUCCAUGCCAACAACGCCUACGUCUCAGGACUCCUCCCAGAAUACGCCAAGAACAUCAUCCCCUGCAAGGGUAUCUGCUCCCGAAUCACGGUGCCCGAGGGUGUCACAGCGCCUCUGUUGAACAAUUCAUACAUCAACCGAACAGAGGACAACACACUUUCAUACUUCGUCCCCCGUGCUGAUGGAAGUAUCAUCGUUGGAGGCGCCGCGAAGCUCUUCCGUCCCUUCCCAGAACAGUGGUACGACAACGUAAAUGAUAGUGUCCUCAUCGAUUCCGCGAAAGAUUUCUAUGAUGGAUAUAUGCAGCGGACGUACCGAGGCUGGGAAGACACCGGUGCAAAGGUAGACAAGAUCUGGACUGGUGUCAUGGGCUAUUCAUACGACUCAAAUCCUCACAUUGGACAUGUCCCGAACAAAGACGGCCAAUAUAUUUUGGCUGGCUUCAACGGUCACGGUAUGCCGGUUAUCUGGCUUGCCGCUAAAGAGCUGGCAAAGAUGGUCUCCAAGGGUGUUCCGUUUGAAGAAACUGGUAUGCCGCAUCUCUUUCAGACUAGUCAGUUCCGCAUUGAUCGUGCGCAGGCUGGAAAGGUUGAAGAUGGUGAUAUUUUGGGUACCGGCAACUUUGCAGCUACGAAGCCUUGA